AUGAUCCUCGACUCCAUGCUAUGCCUAAGCUCGCUUAUCUCGCAGCGCAAGGACCCGCUGUCGGUUGACGCAUUAUGCCCGUACGACUAUUACCAGAAAUGUGUGUACUCCGUCGGCAAAAACGUGGCUUUAGACAAGGCGCAGGACCCCGACGGGAAGAUCCUUGCGCGGUGCCUCAUAAGCACGAAUCUUCUAUGCAUAUACGAGAUGUUUUUUGUCGCCGUCGACUCCGUAUAUGUGAAGGGUGCUGGUGGGAUUCUUGCAACCAUCAUGGCCCGUACCGAUAAGUCGGGCGGGAUAUUGCAACAGUCGCCUUUCCACUACACUUGCUUUUGGGCAACAGUCGUGUGCGACCUCAUCUUAUCGCUAAAGCUUGAAUGCCCAUGCACCUUUUCGAUUGAGAAAAUGUGGAGAUCGUUGGACCCUGGGUAUGAUGAAUACGAUUCAUAUGAAGCCUUCUUGCAUGAAAAGACCAGCAUCAAAGAUGCCGUGGAAGACUGCUCGAGCUUCGUGGUCACCAAUGAAAAAACUACUUGGUGGCUUCACAAAGUCACUUUCUUGUUUAUCUUGGUGAACGACUUUUACAACCAGUAUGAUGUCAUCACACAAGAGGACUUCAUGACCAACAAAAGAUUCCAUCGGUGGCUCGUUCUCAAGGAAAAGAUUGAGGAGUUUGAGAGAAGAAUGCCGAUAUAUCUCAAGCCUUUGAUAUUCAUCCCUGCUGCCGAGGAAAAAGACUUUCCCAAGAUAUUUUUCAAGGACGAGAAAACGGUUGUUACCGCGAUAAACUUCCGGCUUGCCAAACUUCUCCUUCAUGCAGCGCUUGAGGAAAAAUUGCAAGUUCUAGAUGUUGGACUAACUUUGAAGGAAAGGGCCAGUUACCCACACAAAUAUAGCGAGAACUUGGCCCGGGAAGUUGCAGGGAUUAUGAAGACAUACGAUGCCGACAUGCGGAUUUGGCCCAUCAACAUCCACUCAUUGCGCCAAGCCUCUCGAUUCAUCGAACCCUCCUCUCCUUGCUUUGAGACUCUCAAGAACUUGACAGCACGGGUAAUUUCCGUGUGCCAAACAAGACUGAACAUUUUAGAUCUCAUGGAGGACAAAGCCGAAAACAGCCGUCCUGCUUCGUUACAUUCUUUCGUCGAAGCUUAG